GGGAGGAUGGUGUGUGGCACUAAGUGUGUUAUACUGUUGUAGUGUCAAUACUUUUAUUGCGUGUAACCCUGUCAGCUGGGUCGCCUCGCUUAAUCGAAUAAAAGCAAAGGGUGGACAGUAAUCUUGACGUAGCCAUGAGCGGGAUUGUCUUUCUUAUCGGCCUUUACAUCGCGGCGCAGGUGGCAGCCGGUGAGUUGUCUCCGCUCAUCGUGGGCGGAAUCAUCUCCACCUAUGGCGAGCACCCGUAUAUCUGCACCCUCCAGGUCUUCACGGCAGGCUCCUGGCACCACUACUGCGGCGCCACCAUCUUCAAUGCGCACAACGUCAUCACGUCAGCUCACUGCGCCGACGACCCCUUGAAGCCCAGGCGAAUCCAGUGCGGAAAAUACCGACUUCAAAGUACAGACGAGCACGAGGUUACCAUCAACAUCAAAACUGUACAGUGCAUGAAGACUGGCUGCCCACCGGUGACGGAUUUCCGAACGACAUCGCACUUUGCCACACGGAGACUGCCAUUCCUUUCAGCGACUUUAUUCACCCUUUGGACAUCGAUGAUGGGUCGCAUGGAGACUGGGUCGGUUCAGAGUGCAAGGUCACCGGAUGGGGUGUCACAGCAUCCGGGGCUCCAGCUAACUACCUGAAGAAGCUCAACAUGACGGUGCUGAGCAACGAGGUGUGUGAAGAAGAGAUCGGUACCAUGUUUGGUGCCGUGGUCUACCCUUUUCACAUCUGCGCAAAGGCGAAUCUGGGACAAGACACGUGCAGUCAAGACAGCGGUGGUCCUACCCGUUGUUACUCGGGUGGCCGGUGGAUCAUCGUCGGCUCGACUUCCUGGGGUAUAGGGUGCGAAGGCAGAUACCCGGCUGUUUCCAUCCGCCUGUCGUCCUUCUACCAGUGGCUGGUCCAGCACGCGACCUCUUGAUCUUUUGAACUUUCUAAACCAUCCCUCUCUCACCACGUGUGCGUUUGCCUUGCCUAGGAAUUAAAAAAAAA